AUUUCACGUCAGUUGGUGGGUUAAACUGGGACAGAUGUGUUCGAUUGUCCGCUUUUCUUUUCGCGGACGUUCAAAACACAGACAAAGUGUACUUACAUAGAAAAAAAAAUACUGUGAUAAAAUGGACACCGGAAAUAAGAUAACCAAAAAACGUAACCCCGCUGAAAAUGCCAACCCUAUAUCGACACUAUUAUUUUUAUAUAUGUUUCCAAUUUUCAAAAAAACGUACAAAUUUAAAUUAACGGAGGACGAUCUGUUUUCACCUUUGAAAGAACACAAAUCGAGUUCUUUAGGAUCAAAAAUAGAGAGAAUAUGGAAAGAAGAAUAUAGGAUACAUAAAAAGACUGCGUUACAUAGGGCCCUAUUUAGGAUAUUCGGUCUUAGAUAUAUGGUAUUAGGACUGAUUAGAUUGAUUGAUGAACUUAUGUUAAUAGUUGUAGUGCCUUAUUGUAUACGAAUAUUAGUUUCGUAUCUGGAAACUGGUCAAACGAAAAUAUCUAGAGAUGAGGCGUUAACUUAUGCCGCUGUUCUUGUUGCGACUCUUUUCCUAGAUGCGGUAAUGCAGCAACCCAAUUUUAUGGGGCUACAACAUAUAGCGAUGAAAAUUAGGGUAGCUUGUACGUCUCUAAUUUAUAGGAAAACCAUGAGAUUCAGUCAAGCAGCUCUAGGUAACACUACUGUAGGUCAAUUAGUAAAUUUAGUCUCGAAUGACGUCAGUAAAUUUGAUCAAUUAUUCGGUUUGACACAUUACGCUUGGAUAGGACCAAUACAAGUAGCGUUAGGUACUUGGUUACUUUAUAAGGAAAUUGGAGUGGGGGCAUUUUUCGGAAUGGCCUUUUUAGUAUCGUUUGUUCCACUUCAAAUAUGGUUAGCCAAAAAAAUGUCUGUGAUGCGUUUGAAAACUGCUCUGAGGACAGACGAGAGAGUGAAAUUAAUGAACGAGAUAAUAUCUGGUAUUCAAGUGAUAAAAAUGUACUGUUGGGAAAAACCGUUCGCUCACGUUAUCGAUUUAGCUAGAAGAACCGAAAUGAGAGCGAUCCGAUCUCAUUCAUGCCUUUUAGGCAUUUUAUAUUCUUUCGAAGUCUUCGUAUCUAGAACCGCCAUUUUCGUCAGUAUAUUAGGAUACGUAUUACUAGGAAAUUAUAUUACUGCCGAUAAAGUAUUCGCCAUUACCGCCAUCUAUAAUCAAAUGCGGACAGUGAUAACUAUAAUUUUUUCACUGAGUAUAUCGGCGUUCGCGGAAAUGAACGUCACCAUAUUGAGAAUACAAAAAUUGUUGAUAUUCGACGAAAAAGAGAGAGAUUACGAAUAUAUUUAUAAAUCCGAAAAAAUGAACGGCGCUUAUCCGAAAACAUUGGAAAGUAUGGAAGGUGUUAUGAACGGCACGAACGGAAGUAAAAUGAAUUUCGAAUUACAAAAAAAAAAUCCCAAGUUGUACCUGUCGAACGUCAAUGCGAAGUGGUCGGAUCAAUCCGCCGAGGAUACUUUAAGUAAUAUAACGUUCGACGUACCCCCUAAUAAGAUGCUGGCUAUAAUAGGUCCUGUGGGUAGCGGAAAGAGCAGCGUCAUAAAUCUUCUUCUCAAAGAACUACCGGUUAGAUCCGGUUCGAUGGAAAUUGUUGGUAAAAUAUCGUUCGCUUCCCAAGAACCGUGGUUGUUCGCGGCUAGUGUUCGCCAAAAUAUUUUAUUCGGCGAGAAAUACAUCGAGGAACGGUACCAGAAAGUCGUGGAAGUUUGCGCCUUAAAAUCAGACUUCGCUCUAUUACCCUACGGCGAUAAAACUUUGGUAGGCGAAAAGGGGAACACUUUGAGCGGCGGACAGAAAGCUAGAGUGAAUUUAGCGAGAUGUGUCUAUAAAGAAGCCGAUAUAUACCUCUUGGACGAUCCCUUAUCGGCCGUAGAUGCUAACGUCGGUAAACAUUUAUACGAAAAAUGUAUUAAACAAUUUUUAUCCAACAAAAUUUGCGUACUGGUAACACACCAAUUGCAGUAUUUGAAAAAUUCCGAUAAAAUUAUCAUAAUGAAAGACGGUAAAAUCGAAAUGACCGGUAGUUACGUCGAAUUGAAGAAGAGCGGUUUGGAUUUCGCUAAAGUUAUGGAAGAAUUUCAAGAAGAAGCCGAAGAAGAUAAAAGAAUGAAGUCGAUUAAAUCGAAAGCUUCAAUUUACGAUGAAUCCGUCGAUGACGAUGAAGAUCAAACUAUCGAAAAAGAAUUACAAGAAAAAGGGACCAUAAAAGCUGCUACUUAUUAUCAAUAUCUCAGAGCUGGAGGCGGUGUAUUCUCCAUGUCGAUAUUAGCUUUUCUUUUUAUCUUGUGUCAAGUUGUGGCUAACGGUGGAGAAUAUUACGUCACUUAUUGGGUAAACUUAGAACAAGAUUACAGCGAAAAGGUUAGAAAAAAUUUAACAACAUCCAACGAAACUAUAAACAGAGAAAUGAUCAUGUGGACGUACACUGCACUUACAAUAGGAAAUAUAAUUAUUUCUGUUGUCAAAGCCGUUUAUUUCAUGAUAUUUUUCGUAAUAGCAUCUAAAAAUUUACACAGUUAUAUAUUUUCGCGACUGAUAAAAGCCACCAUGAGAUUUUACAACACCAAUCCAUCUGGGAGGAUAUUGAAUAGGUUUUCUAAGGAUUUGGGUACCGUCGAUGAAUAUUUACCAUCGGUUAUAAUAGAUGUCAUUGAGAUCUUCUUGCUACUAGUUGGUGCUAUCACCUUAUCCUCAAUUGUGGAACCUCUGUUGCUGGUACCGGCGGGUGUACUUAUGGUAUUCUUCUAUUUAUUAAAAAUUGUCUAUUCCGAGACUAGCCGUAGUGUAAAACGCGUUGAAGCCAUCACAAAAAGUCCAAUGUUAAGCCACCUAACGGCUUCGGUAAACGGUUUAAGUACAGUUAGGGCUUUCCAAGCCGAAGAAAUGUUGAUAGCAGAAUUUGAUAACUUCCAAGACAGUCACAGCGCUGCUUGGUUCUUAUAUUUAGGUUCCAGUAAAUGUUUUGCGCUUUGGUUGGACAUAAUUUGUAUAGUUUUCGUAGCAAUUGCAGUAUUUUCCUUAUUACUAUUCAGAGAAAGUAUACACGGCGGCGACUUGGGUUUAGUGAUAACUCAAUAUUUAGGUUUAAUGGGUUCCCUGCAAUGGGGAAUGCGCCAAUGGACCGAACUCGAAAAUAACAUGACCUCGGUAGAAAGAAUAUUGGAAUAUACGAAAUUGGAAAAAGAACCCGAAAGGGAAGAUACUCAGAAUCUUCCGGAAAAUUGGCCCGAGAACGGCCGAGUAGAAUUCCGAAACGUCCGUUUGAGAUAUAGCGAAACGGAACCUUUCGUACUUAAAGGAUUAAAUUUUUCUAUAGAACCUAAAGAGAAAAUCGGUAUAGUCGGGAGAACAGGAGCGGGAAAAUCUUCGACUAUCACAGCUUUAUUUCAAUUGUAUCCGCUAGAAGGAACUGUCAUAAUUGACGGCGUCGAUACAACUCGGAUACCUCUAGAUACACUCAGAUCGAAAAUUUCGAUAAUACCGCAAGAACCGGUAUUAUUUUCGGGAACCAUGCGUAAAAAUUUGGAUCCCUUCGAAAACUACAGCGACGAUAUACUCUGGAACGCCUUAGAACAAGUAGAACUCAAAGACGUGAUUUCGGACUUACCUUCGGGUCUCAAUUCGGAAGUAUCCGAAGGGGGCAACAAUUUCAGUGUCGGACAGAGACAACUGGUGUGUUUGGCGAGGGCCCUAAUUAGAAAUAACAAAAUUUUGGUUAUGGACGAAGCUACUGCCAAUGUGGAUCCUCAUACGGACUCUCUUAUCCAGACUACGAUCAGGAAUAAAUUUGCUGAUUGUACGGUUUUGACUAUAGCUCAUAGAUUACAUACAGUUAUGGAUUCCGAUAAAAUAUUAGUGAUGAGUUCUGGUAGAGUAGAAGAAUUCGAUCACCCUUAUCAUCUUCUGCAACAUAAGGCUGGGGUGUUAUAUAAUUUGGUAGAAGCUACCGGUAUUUCUACCGCGAAAUAUUUGGAAAAUAUAGCAAAGGAGAGUUACGAGAAGAAGAAGACCGUUUAAACUUAUAAUCUCAUUGUAUUACACUUAUUUAAGAUUGCUGUGAUCUUUUCAUACUUUUCAAAAAAAAACAGUAUUGGGACAGGUUUUGUUACUUGCCAUUUUACCAUUAGAUAAAAACAAAUCUUAUUAUAAUUAAAAAUAAAUAUAUUUCAACUUA